CUCUUGUUCAUUGUGUAUAUAUCUAUAUCAUCUGUAUCUAUAUGCAAGGUGCAAGAACACUUUUAACGCUCCUCUCAAUCAUUUGAUUUAUCAUGAAUAAUUGUUAAAGAUUUGAAAUCUUUGUUGUGGGUGCUUCUGAUUUGACUCUUCAGGUUACUCGGUUUCACUGACGAUUCAUUCCUGUUAUCGCCUUCCGCUUUCGACGCUUGAGAAUAUUCUUUUUGUGAUUAAUGGCAACCAACGAGAAUCUUCCUCCAAAUGUAAUCAAACAACUUGCUAGGGAGCUAAAGAAUCUUGAUGAAACACCACCAGAAGGAAUUAAAGUAGGAGUGAACGACGAUGAUUUUUCGACAAUAUACGCUGAUAUAGAAGGCCCGGCUGGCACUCCAUACGAAAAUGGCGUUUUUCGGAUGAAAUUGAUCCUGUCUCGCGAUUUCCCCCACUCACCUCCUAAAGGUUAUUUUUUGACCAAGAUCUUCCACCCAAACAUCGCGUCAAAUGGUGAAAUAUGUGUCAACACAUUGAAAAGGGAUUGGAACCCUAGUCUCGGCUUACGUCAUGUUCUAAUCGUAGUCAGAUGCUUGUUGAUUGAACCGUUUCCAGAAUCCGCAUUGAACGAACAGGCCGGAAAAAUGCUGCUCGAGAACUAUGAAGAGUACGCUAGGCAUGCUAGGCUAUAUACUGGAAUUCAUGCUCUGAAGCCAAAACCGAAGUUUAAGUCAGGGGCUAUAUCGGAAUCAACUGCUGCGCUUAACGUUGAGCAGACAAACACUUCGGUUUGUAUCGUUGACACGAAAACCGCGGUCUCUGGAGCAGUGGUGCAGCCGACGCCUUUGGCUCCUUCGUUGAACACCAUGAAAGGGGCAAGUGGCGGUCAGGAGCCACCAACCACCGCCCUGAACUCGGUGGUGGAAAUUGGAGUUAGUAGCGGAUCUACUGCGGCAGCACCGCCUACGGCGGCAACGAAUAAGAAGGAAAGUGGGUUGGUGAAAGCUCAAGAUAAAAAGAAGAUUGAUGCUAGAAAGAAAAGCUUGAAAAGAUUGUGAUGUUUGUAUUUUUGUAUGUUUGUUUGUUGAUGUAUGGUUAUAUUUUAAUGAAUGCAGCUUGAGUUUAGUAAGACUUGAUGGAUGCUAUCUCAGGUCUUGCUAAUGUAAUUUCCAUUUGGUGUCAAUACAUAAAAAGCCAAUUUUCUUUUUA